UGUGUCUUUUUAAAUUAAUAUUCAAUAUCCAAAAGGAAUUUAAAAAAAAAAUUGCAGUAAAUAGUUUUAUGUGUUGGAAGAAAUUUUCAGAAAUUACUGAUUUAUUUGUGUAUCAAUUUUAAAUAAUUCCAGAUAUCUCCAAUCGUGGUAUACCAGGUUUAAGAGAAUGAGAGGCGGUCGUUCAUUUGCAUCGCGAGGUGGUCGUCCAGGUGACCGAGACUAUGGCGGUAAAUUUAGAGGUAAUUCGUACCGGGAUGGUCCAUCCGGAGGCGGCCGAUUCAAUAACCAAAAUCGAGGAAAUGAUCGCAGAUUUGAUGAUAGUUUUGGUAAAAGUGGAUCAUCAAGCCGCAGUAGGUCACGGUAUGACCGCCGUUCACCUGACCGUUUCGCACACGGCAAUCUCGAUCGUUCAAAUCGGAACGACCCACGAGAUGAUCCCAUACUAAAGAAGAGACCACGAAUUGAAAGCAAUAGUGGCAGACGGCGUGAUUUCAGCAGUAAUUUAUCCGAUAAUAAUCGACACAGUCGUCAUCACUCAAAUGGAGAUAACGGUCGGAAUAUCAACAAUCGGAACAACAGACGUUCACCACCAAAGUCCAGUCCAUCAUCACGUCAUGCAAAUGUUGAGAUUGGUUCGUCGCAUCAUGUAAAAGAGCGUACACUCGUGAAUAAGGCGAACCGUCGAUUCAGCGGAAAAGGUGUAUCGGUACGUGAUAAGGUGGAAACAAACGCCCGAAUUCGACGAUCGAAGUUGAUGACAUCCGUGCGAUCGACUAUUUUGCGGCGCAGUUUAGUUAAUAAUCGGAAACGAGAUGCGGCCAGAAGAGCCAAACUAAUGCGGAGUUCUUUGAUGAAACGUAAUACUGCUGUCAAGAAAAAUAUCGUUGAAGAAGAUGACGGUGAAAGGACAUCAAAAUCGAAAACUGAAGAAACUGAUUCGAAAUCGGACGUUGACAAAGAAUCAGACAAGAAAAAAUCGACAAAAAAACCAUCUGACGAUAAUGAGAACGAGAACGAUGAAAAUCAAGUUGAAGAAACCAUCGAUGAUUCGAAACUCAAUGCACCGAAUGAAGCAGAUAAAUUGCCAAUUACUAAAGCAUCUGAUAAUGAAGAUGAUAAGGAGUCGGUUAAAAAGGAAGACGAAAAAGAGAAACGAAAGAAGUUUGUUCGACUAUUUUGUCCCCAUUGCAGAAUUGAAAGUGCAACAUUCAAGGAUUAUAAUAAUCAUAUUCACAGUCGCAGUCAUAAAUUACUUUUGGGUCGCUACGGAUUGAAACAAAAAAGUCGCUUGGCUCGAAUGCGUCUGGCACAACGUAAUGCUCAACGUCAAUUGGAAAAAGAGCUUAAAGAUGCGGAAAAACUAACGCCACAAUUUUGUAUGUUAUGCCGCCUAAACUAUCGUUCACCAAAAGAAGAACACCAAGCAUCUGAGGCACAUCGCACGAUGAAAGAGUUUUUGAUGCCGCACUGUGAAAUAUGUUCCAGUUCGUUCAAGAGUCCAAUGUCUUACGAAAUUCAUCGGUGCUCCGUCGAACAUCUCAGGAAGAAAGCAAAUAAGGGAGAUGAGAGGGAUGAGAGUGAUGUUGAAGAAAGCGAAGAGUUGCAAGUUGAUUUGGAGAAUUUCUUGAUUGUCGAUUCGGUUGGUGAUGUAAACGGUGGUGAAUUUUCAUUUAAUGAUGAGAGUGAUGAAAAUCCUAUCGAUGUCAAGUCAUCUGACGUUACAUCACGUGCCGAAAUCAAUGUGGGCAACGAGCAUGUGAAAAAAGUUGAAGUUUUGUAUUGUGAACUAUGUCGCUAUUAUUUGCCACAUUUGGAUGAUUCAGAGGCUGCUUUACAGAAACAUUGUAGCACACGUAACCAUUUGCGAGCAUAUUUACGAUACAAAGAAAAUCAGUCUCUAAAAAUCACAGCUGAAAUGAUUCAUAGAAGAGACCACAAAGAGAAACACUCGAAAAAAGACUCCAAAUCCAUGGAGUCAGACGGUAAACACUCAAGUUCCGUUGCCAAAACGGAUGAUGACAUUACGGACAAAAUUUGGGAAGAUGCUGAGAAGGAUUGCGAUCAAAUCGAGCAAUCCAAUUUGAAGAAUAACAAUGAAGAUGAGGACGAUACAUCUGUUGAACGCUUCGAUCGUUUUAAGAACAGCGAAAAGUCUGACGAAGCUGAAGUUUCUGAAAAUGAUGCUGACACAGAUAUAGACAACACAAAAGGCGAACCCAUCAAUCAACACGGAACUGAGUCCAGCAUCUAAUGAGCUUCAUCCUCAAAACAUUUCGAGCUAAAUUUAACUUUGAAUACUGUUUAUUUGUAUGAAUUAAAAACAUGAAGAUAAAUUCAAAUACAUGUAUUCAAAUAGGUGUGCAUUUCA